AUGGGACAAGCGUCAUCGUUGCAGAGCCGACGACAGGAGAGUAUUUUGGAGAGAACAGAAGGGGGUCAUGGAACACAAGGGGGACAGCAUCAUAACACAACAAUAACAGAGAGGUUAACGUCGUCAGUGGAUAAUACGGAGCAGAAUGAAGGAGAAGGAGGAACGUCAUGUGAGAAUACGUCUAGGGCAGGUCGAUUUCGACGACAUCUUACGGCGUUUUCGCGAUUGGGAGGGCUUUCGCCUAAUCGUCAUCAUACGUCAUCAUCGGUUUCGAGAAUUCCGUAUUCUAUUGGUAAUCGACGACGAUCUAUGUUUGGGUCGUCAAUUCCACGAAGAAAUACGGUUUUUGAGUUACCACAGACUCAUUUUUCAGUAUCAUCGAAUCAGCUUACUACAGCAGAAUAUUUAGAUUUACAUACAUUGAAUCGAGGUGAUUAUACAUUUACACUCAGGGAUCUUCCCUUGGUUGAUAUAUCCGGUAUAGAGAAUCAUAUUCCAGAAAGACUUGUGACAGAAUCAUUGGCAAAUAAUGAUCAUCAACUUUUUAGGGGAAUUAUUCGACGAUCUCAACGUAAUACAUUGUCUAGAAAUACUAGAAGGGCGCUUGAGAUAUCAGGGCGUAUUAGAACUAAUAAUGAUGCAAUUAUGCAACAUUCAUUUAAUGGAAAUGGCUUAAAUGCCAUUUCUCUUCGUCCUGGAGAAGAUCAGGCAGCUGUGCUUUCUCGUAUUUUAUCAGUAGCAGCGGCUGCUACUGCUGCAUCACUUGUUGGGAACAAUGAGCAGGCUAUUGCAGAAGCACAAGACAUAGCUAUGUCUCAGAAUCCUACAAAUGACAGAGAUUCACAUGUUGUUGAUGGAAGUUUUGAGGGCUUUUUGAGAGCAUUGCAGAAUGGAAGGCUUGCAGCUGCUUUAAGGAAUGGAGGAAGUGAGAACGGAGGUGGAAUACCAAAUGAAAACGAAGAAAAUUCAUCUAUUCAACCUCUUAACUUUUUCCGUAUGUUUCGUUUCGGAAAUUCGCAAGGAAACACUCAAGAAGGCGAGGAUGAUUCACAAAAUCCAAGACUUGUGCCUAUAAUUAUUGUUGGAAUUAGGUCGGUGCCUCCGCGAGAUAUUGCAACACCUGAUACACAACAUACAUCUCCUUUUUUCGACACACUUGCAAAUUUGUCAGUAAACAUGCCUCUUAAUUAUGAAACAUCUUAUCAGAGAGAUGCGGAGGAGCGUGAAACAAAUGAGCAAGGCGUUUUUUCAUCAAAUCCAUCUAUUCAUCCUGUUUCAAUGCCAGAAAGACCUAUCUCCAGUUCUAUGAAUGUCUUAAACGGAAAUCUAUCUAACCAUGAAGGAAUAAUUAGUAACCUAGAGUCAUCAGGGCCAUCUUCUGUUUCAGCAUCAAUUUUCCAAAAUUUAGGACCAACAGUCCAAAUACCACGACAUGAUACAAAUAUUCAUGCUUCAAUGUCAUCAGGAGAGCCUAGUGUACAUCAUCAUCAUCAUCAUCAUCAUUCUUCUCAUAUCGGAAGUUCAUCUGCGCAAAGACUUCCAAAUCUUAAUGAACAUGUUUCUGAAAAUUUAAAUUUAAAUAAUAACAACACUUCUGAAUUAAACAACAAUAACACCGAAAGGGUUGGCGAUAAUAGUGCUAGUAGAAUUAAUAACAAUAUCGAUGGAACCAGUAGAAGUGAUAACAAUAGAUCUGAUAGAAGUAGUACUACUAGAUCUGGUAGUAGCAAUAAUGAUAAUCGUCACAACUCAACUAGAUCCUGGAUUAUAUAUGUUCUUGGUGGUUCUUAUCCAGAAGACCAUCCAAUUCUUACAACACCUAGCUUGUUUACUGAUUCACCAACAUAUGAAGAUAUGUUAUUAUUAUCAUCUUUAAUCGGAUUGGCUAAAUCACCUGUCGCUACAAAAGAUGAAAUAGAAUCAGCAGGCGGGUUACAUGUAUUAUCCGUUAAUUCUCCUUCCGCUGAUAUAUACCUUGAAGAAAGGUGUGUUAUAUGCUUAAAUAAUUACGAAAUAGGCGAAGAAUGUCGUCAGCUUAAUAAAUGUAAACAUUUUUUUCAUAAAGCUUGUAUUGAUGAAUGGUUAAUGACUGGUCGUAAUACUUGUCCCACAUGCAGAGCAGAGGGCGUGAAUUCCCGAAAGAACAAAUCUCCUACAUCUAACAUUACAUCUGAACAAUCCAGCACGAAUAUACCUAUGACUGGCGUCUAA